UCCUGGGUGUGUGCAGUCGGUUCAGCUCUGAGAUUGAGAGGGACGGUAGGAACAUCUCGACUUCAGUCCAGCUGUGCUUGUCAUCUGUCACCUUGCUCGAAACUUCAUCUCUUCCUCCACCGGACGAUCGGAGAAUGGAAAACUGCCGGAGCUAGUUUUGGAAGACAACAGAAAUUGAAAGGGAACUGUGCUAAAACUGCCAGGCUGGUGUGUGCUACUGUUUCCUGUUUUCGUCUGUCCAGGUUGAGCCUCCAGUCACAUCAUCUAGAUUCAGGGGAACGGGAGCAAAGUGGAGAUGCAGACUUUUCUGAAAGGCCGGAGAGUCGGCUAUUGGCUCAGCGAGAAGAAGAUGAAGAAGCUGAAUUUUCAGGCCUUUGCUGAUUUGUGCAGGAAAAGAGGAAUAGAAGUUGUUCAGCUGGACCUCAGCCAGCCCCUGGAGGAGCAGGGUCCCCUGGACGUCAUCAUCCACAAGCUGACUGACCUCAUCCUGGAGGCGGACCAGAACGAUUCGCAGGCUGUGUUGCUGGUGCAGAGAGUACAGGACUACAUUGAUGCCCACCCUGAGACCAUUGUCCUGGACCCCCUUCCAGCCAUCCGAACACUUCUGGACCGCUGCAAAUCCUACCAGCUUGUCCAUAGGAUAGAAAGCUGUAUGCAGGAUGAGAGGAUUUGCUCUCCUCCAUUCAUGGUCCUGAACACAGAGUGUAGCCCAGACACACUGGAGCAGAUCAAGAAGCAUGGACUCACAUUCCCCUUCAUUUGCAAAACACGGGUGGCCCAUGGAACCAACUCCCAUGAGAUGGCCAUUAUCUUCAGUGAAGAGGACCUGAAGGAUGUGAAGCCUCCUUGUGUGAUCCAGAGCUUCAUCAACCACAACGCUGUGCUCUACAAGGUGUUUGUGGUGGGAGAGUCCUACACCGUGGUGGAGAGGCCUUCCCUGAAGAACUUCCCUGCUGGACCAGCAGACAGGAAAGCCAUUUUCUUCAACAGUCACAAUGUUUCCAAGCCAGAGUCCUCCUCAGACCUGACCUCGAGAGAGAAUGUGGAGGGCGUGUCUCAGCCACCUAGUGAUGAUGUCAUCAGAGAGUUGUCGAGGUCCUUGCGGCAGUCCCUCGGUGUGUCCUUAUUUGGCAUUGAUGUCAUCAUCAAUAACCAGACAGGCCAACAUGCCGUCAUUGACAUCAACGCAUUCCCAGGUUACGAGGGCGUCCCGGAGUUUUUCAACGACCUCCUGAACCACAUCACCAGUGUGCUUCAGACUCACAGCCCCGACUACGCUCCUGCCAGUGAGCCGCCCAAAGGCCUGGUGAGCACACAGACGCCCAGCUCCAUGGUACCUAACCCCGCUCCCCCGGCACCGGGCUGCUGUAGCAUGCUGGGUAAGGAGGCCAGCGGCAGCCCCUGGAUCGUAGAGGGCGACGGAGGCCUGAAGGGCCCGCGCCAGAGACUGGGCUGCAACUCGGCCAUGUCCCCUAACUUCCAGCAGCACUGUGUCUCCACGAUAGCCACCAAGGCUUCCUCCCAGUGACUGAUCCCCACCCCCGACUCGGGUCUCUCCCUGAACAAAAAUGGAUAAUAAUGGUGACAAUAUUAAUGAAUAAUAAUCAUAAUAAUUAUGAUGUUUAUGACGAUAAUAUAUCUAAUCAAAACAAACCUUUUCCUAUGUAGAUAUUGAGGAUGAUGGUAAUUGGGUGUCAGCUUUUUCUCUCUGCCUUUUUGUAUUUUUCGUUUUGUCUAAUAAGACUUAACAGUACUGUAAUGUGAACUUUUGGGAACUUUGCCUAAUUGCAGAUUUUUUUUUUUUUUUUUUUUUUCUGUGUGUGAAUUCUGUGUAAUGAAAGGGUCCAGAUGAGGUAGUUGAGGGGGAAUGGCCAAAUCAGGACUGGAGAAAAGAUGUGCCACUAGAUGUGCAAUUAAUCAUCCCUAGUACCACACACACACACACACAUGCACACACACAUACACAUACACACACAUACAUAUAUAUACACAGGCACACUCACGCUGCAACGGACCGUGCCAGUGAUGUGUGUCUGUUUUCUGGUCAAAACCACUCACUCCUCUGUACAAAGUGAAGGGGGGCAGAAGAGGUGUGGAAGUGACAGAGUGGCUGUGCACUUGAACACUACUCCACAGGUCUGGGGAUGCUGUGCACACAGAGGACACACCGAUUCUGUACAUGAAUGACAAGCGAGAUGGCUUUGGGUUGUGUAAGUUCCGGCAAAGUGGUACGCUGUUUACUUUUCCACGUGCCAUCAAACUUACUUUGUUGUAGGUGUAAUGUAGUGCAAGGCUGUUCAUAAGAAACCACAUCACAGCCAAUGUAAACAUUUUGUCAACCGGUCGAAAAGAAAAAGAUGAAUCUCCUUGACCAUGUGACCAAUUUUUUUUUUUUUUUAAUGACUGUUCUUGAACCAAUGUUUAUAGGCCUUUUGAGUGUUGUAUGUCCAAUGGCGGCUAGGUUUGUGCAGGUGUUUAGUGUUCAUGCAAACAAACCCUGUCCUUGUUUCGAUCACAUCUCUUUGAGUCGUUCCAGCGCAGAAAAAAACGAGGAUCACAUUCCGUUUGUGUAUGUGGAUGUUUUCAAUGAAUUCCAUGAUUUUACAAUUCCAGUGUUUGGUGGGAUGCUUCACUCAUGUUGCUUCACACACGAUUUCACUGGGGUUGUAGUCUCUUUUAACAGACUCGCCACACGCCUUCAGUGCUUCUGUCAGUCAUGAGAGCUAACAACCCUUCUGAACUAAACACGGCCUAACAGACUCGGUUCUAUCACAUAAUACAUCAGUUAUUCUGCAUGUGCAGCUGUCUUUUAUCCCAAGCAUUCAAUUUGAAAUUGGGGCCUUAAAGUUUGUUCAAUUAUAACAAUCAGUUGCUCCACUAAAAGUGCAAAAAGUGUAUUUGAAUAUUCAUCUGAAUGGGUUUGAAUUGUUUUUGCUACCAUAAAAUGAGUAGACAAGUUUUGGUCAUUAUAGAGUUUGUCUGGCCUUAUUGACUCUCUCACCAGAUCAAAUUUCACCGCUUGACUUAUUAUCAAAUGCAUUUACUGAAGCAGCCCAUAGUCCUGUCAGUGCAUUCGCUUUGAGCUUAAUUCCCUGACCUGUCUUCUGUUCCAGCUGCUGUAUUUGUGUCUGUUAUUGUCACAUGUCAAAACAAUUACGGGGUGGGGGGUCCCAACUCUUGUUCCCAGUGUUCACUGUGAGAUCUUUUUUACUCCUAUUUUGUUAAUAUCUUUGUCCUGACAUCUACUAAGAGCAACUUUAUUUUAUUGAGAUUUUAUGGGGGAAAAAAAAUGUUUUAUAUAAAAGCAAGCACGUGAUGUUUUGAACAAACAACGGAUAUUCAUCAGAGGAAUAGUGAAACGCCGGGUCCACUUGUAAUGGCGAAACCAUCUUAGGUGGUUUCAAGGGGACAAAUGAGCUUGUGGUUGAUACUGUUGUCUCCUCCUAGCAUCUAGCAGGAACGAGUGCCAGCCUUCCAGCUCGUUACAAGCAGGUCUGCGCUUUCCUCUGACCCUGCUUCUUCUCUUGUCCCAGAGAGCACAUUCUAGUUCUUUUGUUUUUUUCCAUCAGCAUCAGAGGGUUGGCUGGGGAGCUGAGCUGAAUGUCCUCUUGUAUCCACUCGCCCUGUGAUCGAGAAUAAUGAGCAUCACUGCUGUCAUUUCACCAGCAUCUCUCUGGGACAUGCACCAAAGGAAUACCAUCGACAUUCUGAAAAUUAGCUGUUCUUUCAGCAGCUACUUGUCACGUUGUGUUAAUGUUCCCACAACUUUGGUUAAAGAAAAUACCUAAAAAAUUGCAUCUAAGCAUUGGUAGACACUUGGUGUCAGUAAGAUGUCCUAUUUGACAAAAUAUUUUUAGGUAAACUGAAUUUCCAACCAAUAUGACAAGUAUCUGGUGAAGCAACAAUAACUCCAAUUCAAAAUGUGAAGGUAUCCCUGUAAGCAGCAGGGUUGGGAGGAUCUUUCACAUCCCUUUUCCCCAAUCUAGGUGGCUCCUCACCUAGGAAUAGGGACCAAGAGGAGGGUGUGUCCCUGUGUAUUUCAGAACACUGAUAUCUGUGUACACCACUAUACUGUAUGUCCUAUGUUGUGUUCUUUAUUGUGCUUCUAAAUGGGAAAUAAAUGGUUAACCCUA